AUGUCUAGUCCACGAUUUCUCGAUGGUCAAGCGGGUUCUACUUUGGCAGCUCAAGCAUUGAGUGAGCAUGUCUACGCAUACAGGUCUUUGGGUGCUCAUGCCGCUCCCGCACAAAAUAUCUGGGGCAAUACAACUGUCCAAUCCUCGCAUUCACCUGCACACGAUCCGAUCUCGCACCUUCACGACGCUUUAGCCACCCGUUCGCUUCCUUCCGCGUUAUUGUCCUCCAAUGCAUUGAUCUCGGCGAUUCCUCACUUGUUCAAGUUUGCUGGAUCUCAAGCAGGCUUGGUCAUUCACGUCUCGGCCGAAAGCGACAAGAACGACUCUUCUUUUGCCGAUUUUUCCAAAGUCAUGGCGGUGCGUCAGAGUGGUUUGGCAUUGCUCAGCUCGUCCACGGUUCAGGAAGCUCACGAUUUGGCGGUGAUUGCCCAUGUUGCGGCUAUCAAAACAAACACACCCAUUUUGCAUUUCUUCGAUAGCAAGCGCCUGUCUCAUGAGUACACCAAUGUGGAUCUUGUGGAUCAGGAGGUUUUGUUGAAGUUUGUUUCCAAGGAAGAUCUCGAAGCAUACAAGGCCAUCGAACCCGCGCAGGCGCAAACAGCUUAUUUACAGUACAAGGCGGCGGCUGACAAGACACCCGUCAACGUGUAUGCUGCUAUUCAGGAAAUCAUGGUUCAGUUUGCCACCAUCACCGGCCGUCACUACUUGCCUCUUGAAUACUCUGGUCAUCCUGAAGCCGAACAUGUGGUCGUUGCUAUGGGCGCUGGCGCUACAGUAGCCGAGCAAACCGUGAAUCAUGUCCGUAUUGCCAACCCGGACGCUAAAAUCGGUGUUCUCAAAGUCAGAUUGUACCGUCCUUGGUCCGAUACCGACUUUUUGGAAAUGAUUCCCAACUCUGUCAAGCGAGUCGCUGUGUUGGAACCUUCCCAGGAUUACACCUCCACCUGGAAUCCUCUUUUCUUGGACGUUGUCGCUGCCUACCAGACCGCUCAGGAUGAAGAUGUGGAAAUUGUGAGUGGUCAGUAUGGUGUUGAGGCUCGUGAUUUCACUCCGGCCAUGGUCGAUGCUGUGUUCCGUAUGUUGGCGCAAUCCGAAUUCCAACGCCGUUUCGUGGUGGAUGCUUUACCUACGCAAGCUCUGCAUGUGUUACCCAGCGACGUCAAACAAGCCAUCAUUGUCGGCGAUGAAAAGUUGGCCCAUUCCUUUGCCCAGGCCAACCUCGCUCAGAACAAGACGGUGCAACUGUAUACUGUCAAUGGUGCUUCUCAUCUCCGUGUCUCUUCUCGCAAGGGUGCUUUGUUGCCUUCGCUUGUAUCCGAAGCAUCGGCUGUGGUUCUCUUGGAUGUCACUACCGGUGCCGCCGUCGAUGCUAUCCGGUCUCUUGCUCAAGGUGGUUUCGUGGCUGUGCAGAAUGAUAACUUGGAUGGUUUGUCCAACGGUGUGAAGAAGACCAUCGCUGACAAGCAAGCUACGAUCGUGGUUGUUGACGCCCAGCAAGUGGCCAAGGGUGAUUUUGGUAUUUUCAGCCAAGCUCGCAAGAUUCAGGUGCCUUCCUCUUGGACUUCCCUUGAAGCUUCCUCGGCUGGUGCUCAAGUCGCUUCCUCUACCCCUCAGGCCAACGGUACCGGCAAGUUGCCCGUCGAGACCCCUUACAUCAAGAUGCUCGAUCAAGUCUUUGCCGACCGUCUCGAAAUUGCCAAUGCCGUCAACAGUGCGUCCAUCUGGGCUCCCGAUACCACCAAGCCCGAAACUGCAUCUCCCGAGUACGGCUACGGUAAAUUGUUGAGCAAGAUCCAGCAACGCGCUCGUUUGAUCGAUUUCGUGGAAAAAGCGGUCAAGGAUACCUCGGCUGGCUUGUCGGCUGAUGCUUACAAGGCUCUGUCCCAGUGGGUGCUCGUGGUUAAAUCGGCCGGUGCUCAGUCCAAGCAAGUCAAUGACGCUGCCAGUGCCGUGGUGGCGGCUCUUCAAUCCGAUGCCUCGGCCGUUGCCAAGGAAGUGCUCGCCCAGAAGGAUCUCUUGAGUGUUAAGUCCAACUGGCUUAUUGGAUCGGAUGCCUGGGCUCGUGAUAUUGGUCAAUCCGGUGUGCAUCAUGUCAUUACUUCGGGUGAAAAUGUGAACAUGUUGAUUGUCGAUACCAUUCCCUAUUCUACCAAGGUUGAACGCGAACAACGUAAGAAGGACAUUGGUUUGUAUGCUAUGAACUUUGGUUCGGUCUAUGUGGCUUCCGUGGCUGUUUACUCCUCCUACACUGGUGUGCUCAACGCGUUGAUGGAAGCCGAUGCUUACCAAGGUCCCUCCAUUGUGCUUGCCUUUUUGCCUCAGUUGAAUGCCGACAACAGUGCUGUUGACACCCUCAAGGAAACCAAGAUCAGUGUCGAUAACGGUGCGUGGCCCCUUUACCGAUGGAACCCCUCCUUGGAAGCUGCCGGCAAGGAACCUUUCACUCUCGACUCUCAGCGUAUCAAGAAGGAUCUCGAGAAGUUCUUGGAGCGUGAGAACCACUUCUCCCAAUUGGUUGCCCAACAGCCUGAUAUCUCCAAACUUUUGGUGAGCUCCUUGGAAUCGGAUGUCAAGAAACGCCACGAAGAGUUGAAACGCAAGGCUCGCGAAGAUUAUGCCAAUCUGUUGGCCGGUCUGGGCGGUGCGAACGGUCCUCCUCUCACGGUUCUUUUCGGUUCCGACAACGGUAAUGCUGAAGCCUUGGCCAAGAAGAUUGCCACUCGUGCCAAGUCUCGCGGUCUUCAAGUCAAGUGGAUGGCUAUGGAUGAUUAUGGUGACAUCCAGGAUCUCGCUGGUGAAACGAACCUUGUCAUUGUCUGUUCGACGGCCGGUCAGGGUGAGAUGCCGGGCAAUUCUCGCGAAUUUUGGAAGGCUUUGAACGGCUUGGUUGUGGGUGAUAUCAACCUCGCUGAACUCCGUUAUGCCGUCUUUGGUUUGGGCGACAGCCACUACUGGCCUCGUGAAGAAGAUGCUGUUUUCUACAAUCGUCCCGGCAAGCAGUUUGACACCAAGCUCGAAACGCUCGGUGCUGUGCGUCUUGUCGAACUUGGCUUGGGUGAUGAUCAGGAUGCUGAUGGUUUCGAAACCGGUUUCCAGACCUGGCAACCGGAACUCUGGAAGGCUUUGGGUGUGAAGGAUGUUGGUGCCGAAGACGAUGUGCCCAAGCUCACCGAUGACCAAAUGAAGAUCAACUCCAACUACUUGAGAGGUACCAUUGCUGAAGAUUUGGCCGACGAGUCGACGGGUUGCUUGCAAGAAAUCAACGGCAAACUGUUGAAAUUCCACGGUUCAUAUGGUCAAGAUGAUCGCGAUUUGCGUGAAGAACGUAAGAAGCAAGGUUUGGAGAAGGCUUACAGUUUCAUGAUUCGUGUGCGUAUGCCCGGUGGUGUGUCGACUCCUGCACAGUGGCUCGCUAUGGAUGAAUUGGCCGAUACGUAUGCCAACGGUGCUAUCAAGUUGACCACACGUCAGGCUUUCCAACUUCACGGUAUCCUCAAGCGCAACCUUCGUAGCACCAUCCGCGGUAUCAACCAUUCGCUCCUGAGUACUCUUGCGGCUUGUGGUGAUGUGAACCGUAACAUCAUGGUCACUCCGAUUACCGAGAUUCCCGAGGUCCAUGCUCAAGUUCAAGAAUUCAGUGAAAAGGUCAUGGUCCACUUGGCUCCUCAGACCAACGCUUAUCACGAAAUCUGGUUGGCCGACGAAUUGGUCGCGGGUCAUGCUGUGCAAGAUUACGAACCCAUCUACGGUCCUACUUACUUGCCUCGUAAAUUCAAGAUUGUCAUUGCUGUGCCUCCCAACAACGACGUUGAUAUCUAUGCUCACGAUCUUGGUUACAUCGCCAUUGUGGAUCCUGCUACCAAGAAGGUGAUUGGUUAUAACGUGACGAUUGGUGGUGGUAUGGGUAUGACCCACGGUAACAAGAAGACUUAUCCUCGUCCUGCCUCGAUGCUCGGUUAUAUUCCUGCUGACAAGGGUGUGAUUGUGUCAGAAGCCGUGGUGACCACUCAGCGCGAUUACGGUGACCGUACCAACCGUAAGCAUGCUCGUUUCAAGUACACCAUCGACGACCAUGGUUUGGACUUUAUCAAGGCGGAAAUCGAGAAGCGUGCUGGUAUCAAGUUUGAAGAACCGCGUCCGUUUGAAUUCAAGGAUAACGCCGAUCGUUACGGUUGGAGCAAGGGUGUGGAUGACAAGUGGCAUUUCUGUAUGUUUAUCGAGAAUGGUAAGGUGAAGGAUUGGCCCGAUUUCCAGCCCAAGACCGGUUUGCGCGAACUUGCCAAGUGGCACAAGGGUGAAUUCCGUUUGUCGCCGAAUCAACAUUUGAUCAUUGCCAAUGUCCCCGAAGCCGAUCUCGAGAAGACCAAGGCCCUUUUGGCCAAGUACAAGAUGGAUAACCUUGCUUUCAGCGGUCUUCGAUUGAACGCCAUGGCUUGCGUUGCUUUACCUACCUGUGGUCUGGCCAUGGCCGAAUCUGAACGUUACUUGCCCACGUUGGUGGGUCUCUUGGAACAAGCUAUCGAGGAAGCGGGUCUUCGUGAAGAUGCUAUUACCAUUCGUAUGACAGGUUGUCCCAACGGUUGUGCUCGUCCUUACCUUGCCGAGUUGGCGUUUGUCGGCAAGGCGCCUGGUGCUUACAAUGUUUACCUUGGUGGCGGCCAUAAGGGUGAACGUUUGAACAAGUUGUACAAGGAAAGCUUACGAGAAGAAGAAAUCCUGAACGAGAUCAAACCCAUCAUCAAACGAUAUGCUUUGGAACGGCAGGCCGGUGAACCUUUCGGUGACUUUGUUAUCCGUGCUGGUUACGUGAAGAAGACCAUUACUGGCACCGAUUUCCACGAUCUCUCUUAG